GGGGAAGAAGGUAAAUGAGUAUGGAAUAACGAAACCAGAGUUAGUCAUCCCCAGACUUCUUCCUAUCAGAUCGAAUCCAACAUAAGAUGUUAACGAAUUCCCAAUAAUAGCGACGUGUAAUCUAUACCUUUCCUCGAGACAGCGGAAUCGGCCGGGAGCACUUAAUCAGUGGCAACCGCAAAGUUUGCCAGUAUCCCAAUUUCAGCGCCCUUUCGUUCCGGGUGACAGGGUGCAACCAGAGCGCGAAGUUGCCCGGAUUCGCGACUCAGCGCACGGCCAAGUUCAUUGAUAUUUACUAACUACAGUUUCAUAUCAGCAUGCCGGAAGGCAACGAAAAUGAUAGGAAACAAUCCCAAGUUUUGUCAAUAUUCUUCUCCCAAGCCCACGAGCUGUGUGCCCUGACGCGGUGUAUCAAGUUGUCUUUCACUUGCAAGGCUGCAGACGACGGCAUUGAGAGUGUAACAAAGCAUUAGGAUGACCGGCAUGCAUCCUGCGUGUAAUAAUUUGUUCCUGGCAUGCUGCAGUGUCGCCUCCUGAACCAACCCGAGAGCGCUGCAUCCAAUCCAGUCCUGACGAUCAGAAAGAAGACCGAUGUAGUCAUCCAAGCUUUUUCCAGCACUUUCUCCCAAGCCGGGUUAACCAGACCGAUGACAGGAGCUUGAUGAUGCUUUUAUUGACCGUGGUAUUGCCCGCAGGAGCAAUAUGGAGGAAGCAGCUCCAGGGCUCCCCUGAACACGUGACUCUAUGGUGUUGUUCGCGCUUCUACUUCGUCUACGCGUUGCUCAACCCCAAACUCUUCUUUUUGGCAAAGAGUACGGAGUGUAUUUGCAUACAGUCUGCAUACCUUGUCAAUCCCUACUCCAUCAAACUUGCAUUCCGAAACGAACCUUUUGUAUGGUGGUUAACGCGUGCAGAUCCUUUUCAUCACCGCUCGUCGAUGCUCAGCGCCUUGAUGGAGUCGAAUUGGAAUACAUUGCCGCAUGAGAUCCAAGUUCUCAUCCUCAGCAAGUUGCUCCCUACAUUUUGCAAUGGCCUUUUUGAGUCCUUGAAGGGUAUUAGUCAAUAUCUUCUUGUUUGCCGACUAUGGAACGUUGAAAUUGGACGUCUCUUGGUCAAAUACCACUCCGCCGAGUGCCUUCUCAGCUCUGCUACCGAGUCAAUUGCCCUCAAAUCUAUCCAGUGUCAAAUUGCAGAGUGGCAGUCCACAAACAAGGAUGACGAACAUGUAAACAGGGCUGUCGACUCCAGGUUCGAAUUUACUUAUGGUUUACAUAAGCUUCUCGGAGUUGCGAUUGUUCGAGGAUAUAUGUCCUGCAUAAAUGUACUUUUAGAGAACGGUGCUCAUCAGCACGGGAGCAAGUUGGUAAUGUCGACAGUUUAUCAUUAUGCAGUUACCAGUGGCAAACCAAACAGAGCGGAAAUGCUUCAACUACUUAAUGCCCACUUUUUAGGUGGUCUCGACGAGGAAGACGACGAAGAUCUGAUGACACCGCUAGCCCAGGCCAUAUUUUCCAAUGAUCUUAUCUCCGUGGAGCAGCUCAUUCUGUUAGGAGCUAGGGUUUCGCAAGCUAUUAUUCGGGACUUUAGGAAGGGAGCCUUUGCUUACGCCAUAGAUUCAAACAACAUUACACUGUUGAAACUGCUACUGGCCAGUGGGGAGGACCCUGAUGAGGAAGAUGCAAAUAGCCAUUCUUCUCCUUCGAAGCUGGCCCUUGCGUUGAGUAACGACAAUGAGGACAUUAUAGAGUUGCUUCUUGACAGCGGCUCGCCUGUCAACACCCCUGAAAGGGUUGUACAGCCACUGGCCGUUGCUGUUGAGUGUUGCUCUCUCGACAGAAUAAAGGACCUUAUCGACAGGGGGGCAAAAGUAAACUACGCUGAUAGAUCUGGAAGAACGCCGUUGAGCCGAGCAGUUAGCUGCAGGGAUCUACCCAUCAUUCAGCUAUUGUUUGACCAUGGUGCCGAGAUCACCCCGGAGGCAUGCCAGGAAGCGCCGCAGAGAGGCUGUCCUCACGUCGCGACUCUUUUACUGGAGCAUCUCGCGAGAGAGGAACGGACGCUAAAGAUACAGUUGGGUUGGCAUCCGCCGUUCUCAAUCGGCGUGAAAGGUGCUAUGGAGUUAUUGCUAAAGGCUGGAGCGGAUCGGAGUGUUCUGAGAAACAUUCAACGGCCGCAGUACGAUGGGAUAUAGAAAUGUAAAACCACUCUGGCCUAGCAGAACCGUUUUCUGUUGCUGGAUCCUUUUCUCGAGAUUCAUCAAUCCGCUUUAACUUCUGCCGUCCUCCAGGAGAUAUUCGAUUGCGACUGCAGAAAAUAGUCUUUCUAGAUCUACCACCCGAGAAGGAGUUAGUAUUGCUUCUCCUUUCCUCUUCUGCUCUUGUUUGUUUCUGCUGUCUGAUUUCGUUAUCGUUUUUUAAUUUUUCUAUGUAUAUUUAUACUUUACAUCUUUUACCUAAGAUGUAUGAUCAUAAGCGGAGAAUAUUUUUCAGCCAGGUGGCCACUCGUCCAUGAACGGUUCUCAUUUUGCCAUCGCUCUCGACUCUUUUCCCGGCCAACAAAAAUACUAGCCUCAUUAAUCGAUUUCCAAAAACAAAAUAGGCGCAGGUCAGGCCAUACGGGAUAGGGAGGAGUUUUCUACAUUUAGCUCCAUCAAUCGACAGGUUUCAACUUGAAACAAAAACAUGGGGUUGCGUAACUGCUUGCUGGGGAGGGCUUUUUAUUUUAUAUAUUUGUUUGCAAACAAUAGCAUCCAGAGAUCUUCAUUAAUAAUUAUUGGGUUAAAGCCACCACCACCCGUGGACCAGCAGAGGGGAAUGAUUGGAGGAAAGAAAUAACUUAUGGAUGGUUCCACGGAUUUAAGUUGCUCCCUAAUAUUUCCCCCUGAACAAUCCAAAUGGACCAUGGAGUCUGUAACUACUCAAUCACAACGAGCGGAGAGAUAAAGAGGCUGAUAAAUAAAAAGAUAUGGGAAAAUUUGACUUCAACCUGUUCAAAGAGAUCCACAGGGCAAAGGUUGCAGAUCGUCAUUGGGCGUUUUUUCUUACUUUAAUUUACAGACUAAUUCUUUUCGAUUUCUACUAAUAACAGUCAGUCCUCAAUUCAGCUUUUUAU